AUGAACGGCCCAAUUGAUCAGAAAUGCAUCAACGAAAUUCGUAUGUUGUCGGCGGAGCUUCCGCUGAAAGCGAACAGUGGACACCAGGGAGCGCCCAUCGGGUGUGCGCCCAUAGCACACAUUUUGUGGGCCUACGUAAUGAACUACUACAAUGAGGAUACGGAAUGGAUGAAUCGGGAUAGAUUUGUCCUCUCGAAUGGACACGCAAGUGCACUCUUAUAUACCAUGCUUUAUUUGACGAACCAAGGAUUAAGCAUGGAGGAUUUGAAAAAUUUCAGGCAAUUGGGGAGUCUAACCCCAGGUCAUCCAGAAAAACACAUCACGAAAGGAGUGGAAGUAACAACGGGGCCAUUGGGCCAAGGAGCAUCAAACGCAGUUGGGAUGGCCAUCUGUGCACAUAACUUAGCUGAAAAAUACAACACAAAGGAAUUUCCUAUUUUUGAUAAUUAUGUAUAUGCCAUUUGUGGUGAUGGUUGUAUGCAGGAGGGAGUAUUCUGUGAAGCAGCUUCCCUUGCAGGACACCUUGGCUUAGGAAGAUUAAUCCUUCUAUAUGAUGAUAAUAAAAUAACCAUUGAUGGAAACACAGAAUUGUCCUUCACAGAAAAUAUAGAGCAGAAAUUUGAAGCCUUCAAAUGGGAAGUUAGAAAAGUAGAUAAUGGUAAUACAGACUUUGAAGGUAUAUUGAAACAAAUUGAAGAAGCCAAAAAAAACAAGAAACAGCCAUCAUUAAUUAUCGUGAAGACAUCUUGUGGGUACGGGACGAAGGUAGAGGGGACAUGUAAGUCUCACGGAUUGGCAUUAAAAGAAGAAGAUUUAAAAAAAACGAAACAACUUUUUGGUUUAGACUCUGAAAAGCAGUUCCACAUUUCGGAGGAAGUAAAAAAGUUUUAUGAACAAAUUGUACAGAAAAAGAAGGAAAAUUAUCUUAAGUGGAAAAAAAUGUUUUACGAUUUUACAGUGCACUACCCAGAGAAGGCACAAGAAAUUAUGAGAAGGUUCUCCAAGGAGCUUCCACACAAUUGGGUCGAUGUCUUACCCAAGUAUACAACUUCCGAUGUUCCUGCAGCCACGAGAAAUUUAUCGGGGGUUGUUUUAAACUGCAUUAAUAAGAUCCUACCAGAGUUGAUAGGUGGGAGUGCAGACUUGACAGAGUCUAAUUGCACCGCCUUGAAAGAAGAAAAAGACAUCACCAAAGAUUCCUUUGCAAAUAAGUAUAUACGAUAUGGAGUAAGGGAACAUGGGAUGGUAGCCAUUACCAAUGGGAUAUAUGCUUAUGGAGGGUUCGAACCCUUUUGUGCAACUUUUUUAAAUUUCUAUACGUACGCAUUUGGUGCUUUAAGAUUAGCCGCAUUAUCUCAGUAUCACAUUUUUUGUAUAGCGACCCAUGAUUCAGUCGAAUUGGGAGAAGACGGACCGACACAUCAACCGGUUGAAGUAUUGGCCUUACUUAGAGCGACUCCUAAUUUGAAUGUAAUUAGACCAGCUGACGGGAAUGAAGUAUCAGGUGCUUAUUUGUGCCAUUUUAAGAACCCAAAAACUCCCACCAUUGUUGCCUUGUGCAGAAAUAAAGUACCCCACUUGAAGAACACCUCAGCAGAACAGGUCCUUAAAGGAGCCUAUAUUCUGGAAGACUUCGAGACCUCGAAUGAUAAACAGAAGGUUAUCUUAGCUGGAUGCGGUUCAGAAUUGCAUCUCUGUUUCGAUGCCAAAAAUAUUCUAACCAAGGAGCACAAUUUAAACGUUCGCAUUGUGAGUUUUCCAUCGUGGAAUUUAUUCAGACAACAGUCUGAGGACUACCAACAAUCUGUGAUGAUGCACCACGAUGCGAAGGUUGUUAGGUUCUACUUAGAGCCUGCUUCCACCAACGGCUUCGACACCUACUUUAAUGUCUACCUGGGAAUCAACCAGUUUGGCUACUCGGCCCCGAAGAACAAAAUAUGGGAGCACCUGGGCUUCACGCCGGAGAAUAUCGUUUUGAAGGUGCUGGCCUUUAUAAAGGCACAAACACACGCAUAG